UUUCUAAACUUUUCUCUCUACAUUUAGUUUCUUCUGUAACUUUCGGUGGAUCAGGAUGAGCAGCAGAGGAGGCAGAGGAGGAGGUGGAGGAGGAGGAGGAGGAGGUGGUGGAGCCUCGGGGGUGGAGGCGCGGCUGCAGGAGGCGAACCAGAUGAGUGACGAGGAGAAGCUGUACCGACACCACGGGGUGCUGUACCCCCGCAUCAUGUGCCCUGAGGAACACCUGGAGGCUCUGCAGGACUUCCAGGGUCGCCAUGACGACGUCAUGCUGGUGGCCUACCCAAAGUGUGGCUUUAACUGGAUGGUGGGGGUCCUGAGGAAGAUCAUUGCAGAGUCCACGGGAGUGAAAUCUGAGUCCAAGAUGCCUCCGCUGAUCGAGUUCUUCAGCCCCGAGGCCAGAAAGACGGUGGCUGAGACUCCGUCUCCGAGGUUUUUGGGGACUCACAUGCAUCCAGACAACAUCCCGCCCUCCUUCUACGCAAAGAAAACUAAAAUGCUGGUGAUCUUCAGGAACCCUAAAGACACUCUGGUGUCCUACUACCAUUUCUGCAACAACAACCCGGUCCUCCCCGCUCAGACCUGGGACUCCUUCGUCUCCGGCUUCCUGAGUGGAGACGUGUCCUGGGGCUCCUACUUCGACCACGCUCUGGCCUGGGAGAAGAAGAUGGACGACCCCAACGUGAUGAUCGUCACCUACGAGGAGCUGAAGCAGAACCUGCAGCAGGGCGUGCGGGACAUCUCGUCCUUCUUCGGCUUCGUGCUGACGGAGGUCCAGGUGCAGCAGAUCUCUGAGGGCUCCACCUUCAACGCCAUGAAGCAGAGCAUGGCCGACUCCCACGGCAACAUGGUCAACGUCAUCUUCAGGAAAGGCGAGGUGGGGGACUGGAAGAACCACUUCAGUCCAGAACAGAGCCGCCAGAUGGACCAGGCCUUCAACAAACAUCUGGCAGGAACCAGACUGGGAGAGAAGCUCAACUACCAGCUCUACUGCCAGUAGCACCUCCUCCUGCUGCUCCUCCU